UGAGCCAAUGCGCUCCGCCGCGAUCCGUCCUACCGACUGCGGUGCCUGGCAACAGAAAAAGACGUGAUGACGUCCUCCUCAGAUUGCGUAUUAUGGGAUGUGCGAAAUUAAACAACCCGGAGAGGACACGAGGGAAGCCAAAAAUAAUAAAAGAGACAGAAAUAAACGAGGUGCAUGGUGAACCAUGGAGCUCUCUGCUGUGGGUGAGAGCGUCUUUGCAGCCGAGUCCAUCAUUAAACGGAGAAUCAGACGGGGUCGCUGGGAAUAUCUCGUGAAAUGGAAGGGCUGGUCUAAGAAGUACAGCACUUGGGAGCCAGAGGAAAACAUUCUGGAUGUGCGACUCUUCACUGCCUUCGAGGAGAGAGAGCGAGAAAGGGAGCAGUUCGGACCGAAAAAGAGGGGACCCAAACCCGAGACAUUUCUCUUAAAGGCCAAAGCCAAAGAAAAGACAUAUGAUUUUAGAAGAGAAGCUCCCAGAGGGAUCCAGGUUUCCUAUCCCGUCCCGGAGCCUGUCAUAACACCAAGGGCCCGGGAAGGUUUACGCGCCGUGGUUCCCACAAUAUUCCCACCGAGCGCGGUCAACAGAGGAGAAAGCGUCCACGUCCGACCACCAGAGCUCGAGAGGAGGCCCAGAGAGACUCCAGCAGCCGCUGUGACUCUCCAGGAGCUGGAUCGCUUCCCCAAAAAGAGAGGGCGCAAACCCAAGCUGCAUUUCAAUUAUGACGAAGAUGAUCGAAGCAGCUCAGCAACAGAGCCGCUGGAGGAGCCAGUGUCCCCGUCCAAAUUGACCAGACACCUGCACCACCACGGGGAACCGCCACAUGACCGCAGCCUCAUCCAGCUCACCAAGAGGUUUCAGGUGGAAACGACGAUCACACCCAAAUCCAGCAGCGAGCGCCGACACGCGGGACCCGCAGGUUUAUCUUACACCUGCGCGAUCGCUCCAGGCGCGCGUAAAGGUCAUCAGAGAGGACACAGCAGGACUUACUGUUUGAGCAGGACGUCUGUCCCUCAGCUCGGGAAGACGAAGCAUCAGCUGAAUACGUGCUCGCCAUCCGCUGCCAUGUCCACUCACACCGAGUCCGUGUGCGAUUCACGCGCACGAGCAGCCUCGUCGUGGUCCCCGCGUUUCACCAACCUGGACACUGUGACCGUGACAGACGUCACCACGAACCUGUUGACAGUCACGAUCAGAGAGAGCAGCACAGACGAGGGUUUUUUCAGAGAUAAAAGCUGAGCGUGUGCGCUCAGCACAGGCUGAUAUCUGCCCACAUUAGAAGUUACUAACCAACACAUCUACUGUAGGACUCUAUUUUUGUUUCUUUGUAACUUUCAAACGUGUACGCGCAGAUUUUUAACACGCUGCCUGAACGAAUAAUAAAUAUAGGAAAAGUGGCA